AUGGCGGCCGCCGGCAGUAAAUGGUCAUUCAAUGCUAGUGGUGGCUCGGCUACCUCGUCCUUCGGCCAGGACAGCGGCUACACAUCGUACCAGUCGGUGACGCCAAACAACACGUUCAAUGCGUCGUCACGCCACGGCGCCUCCGGGACGCUGGCCACCAUCGACGAGGCAAACGAAGCGGACUGCAGCAUGAACGACAGCAGCUCCGGUUUACCGAUCGCAGCCCAAGUUCUAACGCCAAACACAGCCGCCAGCAUCGAUCGUAUAUCCAAGUUCCACCUUACCACUCCAAAAACACGCCGCUUGCCUUUCGACAGCUUGGCCGAGCCGGGCACCGGUCCGCCGGUUGACACCGACGAAGGAUCGUUCACGCUGCCCACAACACCGGAACGCAGCGGCUCACGGGGCGGUUCCUUCGGAUCGUUUUUGCGUUCGCAAUCCUUCGAAGCGUACGAAACGCCGUUGCGCUCCGUGAACCGCUCGAUCCACCAGCACAGCCAGCAGACACCGCACAAGGUGAAAAGUGGCCAAUCGCUGAAGCGCAAGCUGCCGAGUUUUCGCGACAAGCUGCGCUCCGAGGGCGACGCCGAGCUGGUACUUCUGCUGGCUGAUUCCGAGAACCGUGAGAACGAUCCGAAUGAUUCGCUUGAUGCAGAUUGCCAGCGUCUUCCGGAGGACAUUUCACCGAUUCCGAACACGAAACGGCGCAAGCGUCACGAUGGCAUUGCGGAUCUGAUGCGCUCCAGCACACCGAAGACGGCCUGUUUUAAGACCGACGAAAAUCGGGACACCAAUGUGCUGGCCGGGAAGCGUACGCUUCGCAAGUUCGUGAGCUUUAGCCCGGGCAAGCUUCAAACGGUUCGGCACGGAAAGGUCGCCCUGCGACAGCAACAGCAACUGGCCCCCGGGAAGGGCGAUCUGGUGCGCCAGAAUGCGUUCACCAGCGAUCUGCUAACGCCGGAGAAAAAAGAGAAGCAACCGUUGCGCGUGAGAGAGCCGUCCCUUCAUCGGACGCCGAAAACAAUCCAGGAGGAAGAGGACGAAGAGGGUGUCGCGCUGCAAUCGAUCAACUUGGGGGCGCUUCUCUCAGGACCCAUUUUGGAGGGCCAAGCUUCAAAGGACGAAAGUGUGCAACUCGAAGACACCAUCGCGACGGUGCCAUCGUUCGACGACUGCAGUUUGACGCCUUCGAAAGCCUUCGCGACGGAAGACGGUUGCGUUGUACGCCAUGCGCCAAACUUUUCCUACAGUGCGGCACUCACUUCGAUCGUCGAAGAAUCGCCACUUAAGUUGCAUCUUCAUGCCAGCCCGAAGCAGGCCAAAAUAAAACCGUCUCAGGGUGGCUCGAUCACAAAAUCGGUGCGCAAACUAAAGCGUCUUGGCACGAACGGAAGUAACUCCAGUUCCAGUCUCAGCAGUCCAGGACCACGCUUCGAAUCUCGCUUGCCUACAAAGUGUCGCUCCCCAAAGCUUCGCCCCUUUCCGCUGUCAAAGCAACGACGCACGUGUUACUACGAUGGGAAAGAAUACGUCGACAUCUUGCACCGACUCAAUCGGGACAAUAAGGAUGCGCUCGGAAUCGUCCUCGAUUGUCUGACCAGCAAGGAUCUGGUACAGGUAGUGCGCGUGUCACCAACUUGGCAAGCGAUUGUUCACAAUCACGCCAAAAGCAGGCAACGACUGCACAGGCAACUCAAGAGCGAUGCCAAAGAGAAAGAGAACAAUUAUGACAUUCCGGGGGGUGCUACGUUCCCCAAGCAGCUGACUAAAGACAAUUUCACUAACAUUCUGUUCGCUGCAUCCGGUGACGGCACACUGCCGGACCCGAAUCAGCAGCCGGAAGGCGAAUCCCUUUCUGAGGAGCAAAUUGGCACAUUCUCAAGCAUCGCGCAGCGCCGGCCAUUCAAACCGUGUAACUCGCUGGAGCGAAACUGCAGCAGCAGCAGCCUUCUGGGGGCUUCGUUUACAUCUGGCUACUUGGGCAAUGUUUCGAUACCGGAAGUUCGCCGUCGAUCCAGUGUUUCGGGAGGGCUCCCGAUGGCCAAACCGCACUCGCCGCCCAUCAGCCCAUCGAAACGCAAAUUCUACAACAACCAAAAGGUUGCAUCUCAUCUGAAAGAAUCGGAACAACUAAGACCUUGCCCACGGUGCGAGAGACCUAGCAGAAUAAUUUUCUCACGCAGCACAAAAGGUGGAAAUCGAUCAACCCGUGCGGAUGUGGUUGCGGCUCGUUUAGAUAAAUCCUAUACGUUGCCUGAUCCGGACACUAAUGGUAACACCACGUCUCCGGAUCGCAUACGGCGCAAUCUGUUCAACACCAGCAACAACGGCAGCAACGGUAGCCGCCAUAAUUCGGUUGAGCCUGUCGUCGAUCGCAUGAAACUGCGCAGCAUGACAAGUAUUGGCAACAAAAGCGUCGAAGCAACGUUGGCAAUGCCCGACGCCACGGGUAACGAGUCAAAGUGUGACUACGCCAUCUGCAGUGGACAGAACUGCGGGUUCACGUUCUGUAUUCAGUGCCUGUGCGAGUAUCAUCCGGACCAUGUUUGCAUCGGUCUUGCCCCGAACUCACCCAGCCGCGAAGAACGGGGCCGACCGAAUGUGGCGUGCACCCGGCAAAGCCGUCGCUCCCUGCAACGACUGUGCAAGUAG